CCUCAUACAAGCGCGUAUCCCUUGCAAGCCGGGCUACGAUAAUUGCUCUCUUGCUCUUUUCUUACAAGACUUUUGAGUCACUCUUUUGUACCCCUUGCCUGCGUACAGACUCGUCUUGACCAUCUUCUGCCUACCUUCGUCGUGGUGACAAGUGCUGCUACUCGACAUCGCGAUGGUUGUCACUCCGCCCUAUCUAUAUGAAGCUACUCCCAGAUACAACGAGCAUGAUCCGUUCAAUGGCUUUGACCCAAAAGCUAUUACUCGCGCAAGCCGCGAAAUUCCUCCACGCGCAAAGAAGCAAGAAGGCCCACUAAUCAAUUUCAACAGGCACCCCGAUAGCUACCUCGUCCUACCGUAUGGCAACACCGAUGCGAAGCAAAUGAACCCAAGAACAAAGAGUGCCAUCAAAUGGGUUCGUUGGAUCCAACUUCUCCUUCGUCAACUACAGCUAGUUGGCGCAAUCGGGCUACUCAUAUGUACGAUAUGCAUUCGAGGUACCGCGGAUACUGAAGGAUGGAUUAUCAGGAUACCCCCUGGCGCAGAUAUCGCCGUAACAACAUAUGCAGUUUACCACCUCUUCAGACCUGCGAAAGGACGUACCCCAGCAAGUUCAGCUUCGUACCACUUCUUCGCCCUUGUCCUAGACGCCGGAUUUGUUCCCUUCUACGUCUUCACCGCAUUAAUGUCGAACAACAACCGAGUCAAAGACGUUGGAGCGGAUGGCAGAUGGAGAACGUACUUCAGCAGCGAUGAGGCCACAAUGAAGGUGCUGACAGCCACUUGGUUGACAGCUAUAAGCGUCGCCGGUCUGCAUCUGGUUUCUUUCUUCUUAGAUGUGUGGCUAGUCAUCAUCUUCCGCAGGAUCUCUGAUCUGCCUCCUGACAUGAAUCCGUUGGAGGACAACCUGACAUCUAGACGAUCGACCAAGCACAAGUACAAGAGCUCGGAUGCAUCCGACAUGACACUUAACGAGAAGCGCGCAAGUGCAUCUACCAUGUCUGUCUCAAUGGAGGGAUCUACACGGGAAAGUCAAUUAUACGAUCCAUUGGUCUCCGAAACUCGCCCAGUAUCCUUCUUUGAUACUCGCGCCGGCUCUGUUUCGAACCUGUCUGCUCAAAAUCCCGCAUCCCCUCGCCAUUCUCGACUCAACCUCGCAAAGCAAGCCCAGAUCUACUCUCAACCACCAUCCACUCGCGCCUCACGCGCAAACGUCCAACACGUCGAUGACGACAAUGACAGUGAGCGCGACUCUACUCUAGACUCCACGUCGCAGUACUCGCGACCUUCCAAGGCUCCAACCGAUAUCUCGCGCGACACCCUUCCCUCAAUGCUAAAGCGCAACACCCUGGCAUCUACAUCUGGCAAUAUCCAACGUAGUAGCCCCGCAAAGCGCCCCAGCACAAACAGGCCCAAAUCCGAGCUCCAUACCGAUAACUGGUUCGUCAAUAUUGAAACUCCGACAGAUGGCUACGAAACUCUGCGCCAUCAACAACUCCCCUCGCAAGCACCUGCUCUGCAAGAGCAAGCAUAUCAUGAUCGCCGUGACUCGAUUGAAUUCUCAGAAGAUGAGGAAGUAUCCUACAUGGACGUCCCAGCGCCGCUGCGUAUGAACCCACCAACUCCGCCCCCUGUCCCAGAACAUAGACUGCGCAAGCCAACGUCACUCAGUACAAUCAGUGAUGUCAGUUCAAUCAGUCGCGCAUCUACACCGAAGCGCAAGUUUUACGGCGAUCUGAGAUCAGCAACUGCGAACCUGCGCCCUGUCAGUAGCACACCGCCAAGAACGACAGGCGUUAAGCAAAGUCGAUCUCCCGAGCCAGAGAUGAGUGAGCGUAGAGGCCACGAGGGAAGCCCCAGAGUUGUUAGUCGGACUGGGCUGGAUAUUGAUGGAGAUCUAGGUCUCGGAGCAGGUAAUGGAUUGAUAGGCAACUGGAGAAGACGUGAUGUCAGUGGAAAGGUUGCGGAGGAGGGUAGGAGCCCAGGACUCUAUCGGUGACAAUUUUAGAAUGCAACGUUUGUUACUGUAUUGGGAUAUGGAGUUAUCACGGUCGCCAUGCGCUACGACGUCAUGUAGGGAAGUGAAUGGAUGGUAUUCGAUGGCUGGUGUUUUGUACGAGUAUGAGUUUGAGAGACGUAUUGCAUAUAAUGAACGUCUAAUUCAAAUUACCUCGAUUCCUCCUUCCACUUAAUUUUUAUUAUUUGU